AUGGAGGCUGUCCCUCCAGCCAGACCCAGUCUCUCCGGGAUCCUGCUGCAGGUUUUGAGGCUGUCAGUGCUGCUGAUCCAGAACCGGAUCCACCUCUACAAUUUCCUGCUCCUCAAGAUCAUCCUCUUCAACCACUGGGUGUCAGGGCUGGCUCAGGAGGCCGAAGGGUCCUGCAGCAGGCAGGCCCGCCCACCCCCAGGUGGUGCAGUCUGCCCUAUCGGCCGGGCUGUACAUGCUGGGCUGGCACUAAUAGAGAUCCCUGUGUGGCUGGUGCUGUGGGUGCCCAGGCUGAUGUGGGGCAGUGUGCUGGGCUGUGCCCGGGCCUUGGGCCUGUCCCCGCGGUGUCUAGAUGCCUGGCAGCAGCUGGACCUAUCUUUGGCCACCUGGAUGGACCUGCUUGUGUCAUGUCUGCACAGCCUGAUGCUGGUGGCCUUGUUGCUGCUGCUGCUGGUCUGGAGGCUGUGCCGGAUGGCUCACCGCUUCAGCCUGGGCCAGCUGCCCAGUAAGGCCCUGCUGGAGAACCACAUGUUGCUAGAGCUCCUGGCAUUGCUGAAGCGUCUGUAUUGGUGGGUGGAGAACAUGGCAGCACUCACCUCCUGGCACCUGGCCUACCUCAUCACCUGGACCACCUGCCUUGCCUCCCACUUACUGCAGGCUGCCUUUGAGCACACAGUCCAGUUGGCCCAGGAGACUGAACCCCAGGAGGCCUCAUGGACCUUGCCUGAGUCCCCACUCCCUGAGUCCCUGACCCCCGAGGCUGGGCCAGCCUUGCCAGAGCCUGAAGCCCCUGGAGAAUAA